AUGGCUAGUGAGAAGGGACGUGUGGAAAUUCCUAUGAUUAUGUAUGAACAGCAUCAUGAACCCUACAUGCAAGAACCCUCUGCACCAGAGUACUGCAGCCAGGAGGGGGGUUAUGAGUAUCCUUCUCCGCCACCUUACUCCUAUCGAGAAACAGCCACCCUUGAGCAACCAGUUUACUUGGUGUCUCAGCCUCCGAUCAUUGUAGCAGGCAUCUUCUCAAGCAAACCAACAUCCACAAUAUGCCCUUCCUGCCGCCAACACAUCACCACACAGGUCACCUACAGACUGGGCAGACUGUCCUACCUUCUGUGCACCAGCUUGUGUAUGGUUGGGUGCUGUUUUGGAUGCUGCUUCGUACCUUUCUUUGUGAGGAUCUUCAAGGACGCAGACCAUUACUGCCCAUGCUGCCAAUUUCAUAUCUAUAGAUACAAAAGACUAUAG